UGGAAACCUAACCAAACAGCCCCUUGUUUUUAACUUCUUAAAGCUGCAACUGUUUGUGCUAUGAGUUUGUUAUUUCAGUUAUAAAAGUAGGGCGGGCGGCCUUUGUGGGUUUGUUACUUCAUUCAUCCUUCCAAAAUAUUUGUAUGUUAGUUGGCAUUGCACUAAUUUCUCCGUCGUUUUCUGAAUCCAGUUAGAUGCUUUUUUGUCUGAAUGAAUUCAAUGAAUAAUUCAUCAUUCCAUUCUCCAACCUUCCUACUCCAUCUCCUCUCAGUUUCAGUGGUGAUUUAUUUCGGGCAACUAUGGAGAAGACAGAUCACCAGCAAAAGUUAUAUACAAAGAUGAGGCUCUGGGAGUUUCCGGACAAAUAUGUCAUUGAGCCUUCUGAUGGAUCUUCUGGUUCACGUUUGGCAGUCAGUAGGGAAGAUGCUUCAAUGAGUUUAAUUGAUGAUAUACCGCAUUGCAGUUCACUACGUGUUCCUAAAAUUAAGGAAAUAUUUGGUGUUGUUGGGAUGCUAAAGCUUGUGGCAGGAUCAUACUUAAUAGUCAUAACGGAACGUGAACAUGUUGGUUCUUACAUGGGCCAUCCAAUUUUUAGAGUUGCAUCAUUGAAGGUGUUACCAUGUGACCAUUCUCUCAAGAACUCUCCGAUAGAACAGAAAAAAAUGGAAGCCGAGUUUUCCGCUCUACUAAAUGUUGCAGAGAGCACUCUAGGCCUGUACUUUUCUUAUGAAGUCAAUAUAACACUGAGUUCACAAAGAUUAAAUGAUUUGGGUGAAUCUAAACUGCUUCCUCUUUGGAGACAGGCAGACCCUCGGUUUGUUUGGAACAACUACAUCAUGGAAGUUCUUAUUGAUAGCAAGCUUGACCCCUUCUUGCUUCCCGUUCUCCAGGGAAGUUUUCACAACUUCCAAGCAGCCAUUGGAAAAGAUAUUAUUGAUGUUACACUGAUUGCACGAAGGUGCAAUAGAAGAACUGGAACACGGAUGUGGAGGAGAGGUGCUGAUUCUGAUGGAUAUGUUGCAAAUUUUGUGGAAAGUGAACAAAUCUUGUUAAUGAAUGGAUUUACAGCAUCAUUUGUUCAGGUCCGAGGGUCGAUCCCUUUAUUGUGGGAUCAGAUUGUUGAUUUGACAUAUAAGCCCAAGUUUGAAAUAGUCAGACAAGAGGAAGCACCUCGGGUUAUUGAGAGGCACUUUUUGGAUCUGAGAAAGAAAUAUGGGAAUGUGAUUGCCGUUGAUCUUGUCAAUAAGCUAGGAGGAGAGGGACGCUUAAGUGAAAGGUUCUGCAAUGCAAUGCAGCAUAGUGCUAGUGAAGAAGUGAAAUACUUGCACUUCGAUUUUCAUCACAUGUGUGGGCAUGUUCACUUUGAGAAUCUCUCAAUACUUUAUGACCAAAUUGAAGGCUUCCUCACCAAAAACAGGUACUUUCUACUGAAUGAAAAAGGUGAGAAAGUUGAGACACAACUUGGAGUUGUGAGGACUAAUUGCAUAGAUUGCUUAGAUCGAACAAAUGUCACUCAGAGCAUGAUUGGUAGGAAAAUGCUGGAAUUCCAAUUCAAAAGGCUUGGUAUUUUUAGUGCUGAUGAAACGAUUAGCAGCCACCCAAAUCUUGAUGAGAGCUUCAAAAAAUUGUGGGCUGAUCAUGGUGAUGACAUAAGUAUCCAAUAUUCCGGAACUCCCGCUUUAAAGGGAGAUUUUGUGAGAUGUGGUCAAAGAACAGCCCAAGGGAUUAUGGCCGAUGGCUACAAUGCCCUGAAACGCUACUACUUGAACAACUUCCAAGACGGUACGAAACAGGAUGCAAUUGAUUUAUUGCAAGGGCAUUAUAUUGUCUCCGUUGCACGAGACACAAUGCAGUCAUCUCAGCGGGGAGGCAUUGAAGCUGUUGCUUCGUUUCCAGUGGCUUUUGCACUGAUCAUGCUCGGGUUGUUUCUGGCUGCAUUGUCGCUAAGACAAGUUCGAAAUGAUCCUUGGAACCUUUUAUUUUCAAUGAUUUGGGCAAGCAUGAGUGUGGGUAUAGCUGCAUUUGUGAAAGCCAAUGGCCGUGCUUUCUGCAAUCGCCCACGCCUCCACCAACCCAGACGCUGAAAUAACAAUAACAAUAAGUUUUAUUUUGGAUACAGUAUCUUAUUGUGUAAAUCUACAACAGAUACUUCAUUGAAUUUUAUAAAGAACAACCUAAUAUUUUGAAUUCUGUAGUUUAUGCAUAUACUUUGAUUAUUGUACUGAUCCGAAAAACUGUAUGCAUCCAACAACUCGCCAUUAAAACUAAAUAGUUCAGGUGCUGUUUGAGCAUUUUGCCUGGGAUCUUAGUCUUUGGACAUCUCCAUAGCUUCAAUUUGACCCAAUAUUUCCACAACUUGUUUCAUAGAAGGCUGUUGCUUAGGUUCUUCAUGUAGGCAUCUUAGAGUAAGUUCAGAGGCUUGUAAAACUGCGUUGGAGUGAUACUGACCAUCUAUCCUACAUUACGGACUUUAGCUUUUUCCCAUGUGACCAUUGGUUUUGCCCAUUUUACCAAGUUUUCUUGCCCAGAAGGUCUUUGGGAAUUCAAUGCUCUUUGGCCAGUCAAUAUUUCUAGCAGGACCACACCAAACCCAUACAUGUCGCUCUAUACAUAUAGGUGUCCCCUGUACAUAUCAAAAUGGAAAAAUUAACAAGAAUAAUCCCAUUUUUCACUGGUCUUCUCAUAAUAAUCCCACCUUUACAUAAUCCCAAAAUAAUUCCAUCUUUGCACUCCAUCUUCUUUCAUUGGACCCUGGCCAAGUUUUUUAUCCUUCUUUGAAAAUCUUAUAUAAAUAAUCUCACAUUUAUAAGGAUAUAAUAAAAAAGUGAAAGGUGGGAUUAUUUAUAUGAUUUUCAAAGAAAGAGUAAAAAACAUGGUCAGAGUCCAAUGAAAGAAGAUGAGGUGCAAAGGUGGGAUUAUUUUCGAAUUAUAUAAAGAUGAGAUUAUUAUGAGAAGACCACUGAAAUGUGAGAUUAUUCUUGUCAAUUUUUUCAAUCAAAAUUACCACUUCAUUCAAAAUUAAAAAAAUGACACAUUUGGUCCCCGAAAGUCUUAUUCAACUAUUUUUUUAAAAUUAUAAAAAUGACUACAUACACAAUACUCCCCCCGUCCCGUUUAAAGGUUCCCAUUUUCCUUUUUUGGAAGUCUCACUUAAAAGUUCUCACUUUCUAUUUUAGGAAACAAUUAACACUCUUAAAUAACAAUUUAAUCAUCAAAUAUUAAAAAUAAUACAUUUAUAACAUUACAGUUAUCAUCAAAAUUAUUUCUCAAAAUAUAUUCGAAUUAGCAUAUUUUAUUAUUGUUUAAAUAAUCGUGUCAUUUUGCCAUAGAAACCUUUAAAUGGGACGGAGGUAGUAUCAUAUUAGGGAUAAAUGAUUUUAUAUCCAUGUUGUUUGAAUAAUUUUAUUCAUUUUUGUUAGAUAUAGUAUUCAUUUAAUUAUAUCUAUAUUGUUCAAGUUAUUUUAGAAGAAUGUGUUAUUUUUUAAUACGUGGCAUGUUGAACUGCUUAAUUAUACUAAUGAUAAUUAUGGUUCAAUAUUGAAUAUGGCAUCAACUCCGCCAUGAGAUCAUUGUUUUUGGUAUCAUGUCUGUCUCAAGUCAGGAUAAAGGAGGAGGGUGUUGUGGUAGGCGCGUGACAGCCAACAGUAUCACCUAGUCACAUCACAUUCUUUUUUUUCCUUUUGGUGAUAUCAUGUAUUGAUUCAUGUUAGCCGACCUCAAUAUCUUUUGGGACUAAGGCUUGGAUGUUGUUGUUGUAUUGAAUAUGACAUCAAUGGAUUAUCAAUUGUAUUUUGUAACAUUUUAAUAAUGGAUUAGAUAUGUCGCUAGUAACAUCGAUUUAGUAUAUUUUGUUAGUCUAUGAUAAUUUGUUGUAUUGGGAGACAUGCAUGGUAAUUUACC